UAGAGUAUAAUAAGCUGCAUUAGUUUACUUUUAUGUACCGAAUAUUUCACAAGAUUGAUGUUUUCUUCUUUUCAAGGUUGAUUCUUGUUGUCACAUAUACUGAUUUUUAGCCUUCAAUCCAUUCAAGUGUAAGUCUGCAAGUCAUGGAGGACAAUGAAAGUGUUAAAGAGAAGUCCAUCGUUAAAUUUAAGAAACAACUUUUACGUGGAAAUGGAAUGCACAAAUGGAGAGAUGGAACGAUAUAUAAGGGUAAUUUUUUGUAUGGAAAAAUAACAGGAAAAGGAGUGAUGUUAUGGCCACCCGAAGCAACGCGCGAUGAUAAAUUCUUCGCGAGUUGCUCUCAUGGUAAUUAUAGAAUCCUUAUGAAGGAUAAGGAUGACUCCGUUGAUAAAUUUGUGAGUAAAAUUUUCAAGGACAGCAAAGAUUUCACAUGGUCGGGUGGAGUAAUAUAUGAGGGCGAUUGGCUUGAUGGAAAAAUGACAGGAAAAGGAGUGAUGAUAUGGCCAUCAGGAACAAAGUAUGAGGGUGAAUUCUUCGAGAAUUAUCGGCAUGGUCAUGGCACCUUAACUAAACCAACUUUCAAUGUUUACGCAUGUGGAUGCAAGAUUGUUAGUUCCAUGUCUGAUAUUUACGAAGGUUCGUGGAAAGAAGGACUUCGAGAAGGCACCGGAACGUGCACUUGGAGGAACGGAAGUACCUAUACUGGAAAUUGGAGAAAAGGAAAAUUUGAUGGAAGUGGGAUCAUGAUGUGGAGUAAUGGUGACAUUUUUGAUGGAGGUUGGUUAAAUGGAGUUAUGCAUGGACAAGGAGUUUAUAGAUUUGCAAAUGGAAGAAUCUAUGUUGGCACAUGGAGUAAGGGCAUAAAGGAUGGAAAAGGAACAUUCUAUUAUCCUCAUGACAGUAAAAAACCAUCUCUGCUAAAGAAGUUGUGUGCCAUUCUUAAUUAUAAAAAUCCAAAAUCCAAAAUUAACCCAAGUUUCUCGGAAAAAGCAUCUCUUGAUGAUACAUCAAAAAAUUCACAUGAUAUAUGUCGAUUUAGUAUAGGUUGUAAGGUUUAUGAAAGGGAAUAUAAGAACGGAGUUCUAAUUAAAGAGAAAGUAUGGAUAAUUAAUGAGAAAAUAUUGAGUGUUCAGAAAAAUCACAUAAUAAAAAAAACAAAAAGGUCAGAUAAUUUAAGGGAUAAACAAGCAAAGAAGAGUUUUUCUAAGAACAUUUUUCAAGACCUACAAAGCUAUUAUUUGAAGGUUAUCUUGCAGCUUUGCUCCAGAAGGACUAAGAAGCAGAUUCUUAAUUAUCCCAAUCUAGAACUACCUGAUUAUAUCAAACUGCCUUAUCCUAUAAUUAAGAAGAAACCAUUACAGGAAGAUGAGGCGGGGUUGUUUGUGAAGUUUAAAGAAAUGUUUACUACACUUCAGGCAUUUCUAAAGGGCACAAAACAAAAGUUGGUCAAAGAACAGUUAAACAUGACGGAGAAAGAUGAGACGACAGUGCCUCCAACAUUGCCACCAAAACCUUAA